AUGUCAGAAGUUUCGAAAUGGCCAGCUAUCAACCCGUUCCAUUGGGGAUACAAUGGUACUGUUUCACAUGUCGUCGGUGAAAAUGGUUCCAUCAAACUAAAUUUAAAAGACAACAAGGAACAGGUUGAAUUUGACGAGUUCGUUAACAAAUAUGUCCCAACGUUGAAGAAUGGUGCUCAAUUUAAAUUGAGUCCUUACUUGUUCACAGGUAUUUUGCAAACCCUGUACUUAAAUGCUGCUGAUUUCUCUAAGAAAUUUCCUGUAUUCUACGGCAGAGAAAUUGUCAAAUUCUCGGAUAAUGGAGUUUGUACCGCUGACUGGCUCAUGGAUUCCUGGAAGAAGGAUUACAAACUCGAUCAAAGUACUAUGGGUUUCGAUAAGAAAAAAUUUGGUGAAGACGAGAAGGAGACGCAUCCAGAAGGGUGGCCUCGUUUACAACCACGUACAAGGUAUCUGAAGGAUAAUGAAUUGGAAAAUGUAAGGGAGGUUGAUCUGCCCUUAGUAGUUAUCCUACAUGGUCUUGCUGGUGGUAGUCAUGAGCCUAUCAUAAGAUCUCUUGCUGAAAACCUCUCUCGGAGUGGGAGAUUUCAAGUGGUGGUACUAAAUACUAGAGGCUGUGCACGUUCUAAAAUUACAACCAGAAAUUUAUUUACGGCUUACCACACAAUGGAUAUUCGUGAAUUUUUGCAAAGAGAAAAGGAGAGAUAUCCAAAUAGAAAAUUAUACGCUGUGGGAUGCUCCUUCGGUGCUACGAUGUUGGGAAACUAUCUGGGAGAAGAAGGCGAUAAAUCUCCUUUAUCUGCAGCUGCUACCCUGUGCAACCCUUGGGAUCUUCUCCUUUCGGCACUUAGAAUGACCGAGGAUUGGUGGUCAAAGACUUUAUUUUCCAAAAAUAUUGCCCAAUUCUUAACAAGAACUGUUCAAGUUAAUAUGGGUGAACUAGGAGUUCCAAAUGGCUCCCGUCCUGACCAUCCUCCCACAGUCAAGAAUCCAUCUUACUAUAUGUUCACACCUGAAAAUCUAAUAAAGGCAAAAAGCUUUAAAUCGAGUCUGGAAUUUGAUGAAUUGUACACUGCGCCUGCUUUAGGCUUCCCAAAUGCUAUGGAAUAUUAUAAAGCGGCCAGCUCAAUAAGCAGAGUUGAUACAAUUCGGGUUCCUACUCUAGUUAUCAAUUCAAGGGAUGAUCCUGUUGUCGGCCCGGAUCAACCUUACUCAAUCGUGGAAAAAAAUCCUCGUGUUUUGUAUUGUAGAACCGACUUAGGAGGUCAUUUAGCUUACCUAGAUAAAGACAAUAAUUCGUGGGCUACCAAGGCGAUUGCAGAAUUCUUUACUAAGUUUGAUGAAUUAGUUGUAUGA